AUGCCUUCUGUGAAGGGUUUGGUUCUGUCAUGCCUGGCUGCUGCUUCGCAGCUGGCAUACGCCUGGCCCACACAAUACCCCGAGCAUGUCAACAUUCUCACCCGCGCCGAGCAGAUCGCUUCUGAGUAUGACUAUGUCAUCGUUGGCGGAGGGACCUCGGGCUUGACAGUCGGAGACAGACUUACCGAAGAUGGAAAGUAUACUGUUCUGGUGGUCGAAUAUGGCUACUACGACAGCCAGACCGGCAUGAACCCCAGACGCAUGUUCAACAUCACCUCUCAGCCGUGCCCCAACCUGAACGGCCGAAGCUUCUCUGUGGGUAUCGGAUGUGUGGUCGGCGGCAGCUCUAGUGUCAACGGCCAGGUCUUCUUGAGGGGCACCAAGGACGAGUACAAUGCCUGGAAAGAGCUCGGUGGAUCUGGAUCUACUUGGGAUUGGGACAAUCUUCUACCUUACUUCAAGAAGGGCAUCACCCUCGCGCCUCCCGAUGCUGCCCAAGCACAAGAAUACAACAUCAAAUAUGACAUGAGCUACUGGGGCACAACCUCCAAGAUCUAUGCUGCCUUCGGGAAGGGGCCUCUCACCUCUAUCAUGAAGACCUUGUACAACGCCAUGGCCAAGAUGCCCGGCAUGACCAUUCCCGUCGACAGCGGUGCCGGCGAGGCGGGACUCUACUGGUACCCAAUGUCCCAGGAUCCCGUCCAGUUCCAGCGCUCCUACGCCCGCACCGGCCACUGGGACGGCCUCAACCGCGCCAACUACGAGAUGAUCGUCGGCGCAAAGGUCAACCGCAUUCUCUUCGACGGCGACACCGCUACCGGCGUCCAGUUCGUCUCACGCAACAACACCGGUGCCGCCCCUGUGCAGGUCAAGGCUCGCCGUGAGGUCAUUCUCGCUGCCGGCUCUGUCCAUACCCCGCAGGUCCUCAUGCUCAGCGGCAUCGGUCCCCGCGCACACCUUGAACAAGCCCGAAUUGCUGUGAAGGUCGACCUCCCGGGCGUCGGGUCCAACUUCCAGGACCAUAGCUAUAUCCCCAGCAUCUCAUACCAAUGGGGUGUUCAGCCUCCCAACUCCGGUGGCGGAGGCUGGGGCGGUGGUGGCCCGCCGUCUCUUGCUUCCAUGACCGGCUUGCCCGUCGUCAGUCCCGAUCGGUACGAGACACUUGCCAGGACAUACGAGGCCCAGGAUCCCAAGUCCCAUCUGCCGUCCGCCUACACCUCCGAGCAAGUCGAAGGGUACAAGCAGCAGCAGAAGGUAUACGGCCGGCUCAUGCGCUCCAAGAACACUGUCUUCUCCGAGAUGAUGAUGUACGGGCCCGGUGGCUCCGUGCAGAACCUCCACCCCAUGUCUCGCGGCACUAUCCUUCUCAAUACAGCCCAGCCCGAGAGCGAGAUGAUUGUCGACUACCGCGCGGCGACUAACUCGAUCGAUCUAGACGUCAUGGCGGAGAUCAUCAAGUUCAUGCGCCGGUUCAUGACGACUGGGGACCUUGCGCAGUAUCAAGCCCGCGAGUUGUCGCCCGGAACUGGUGUCUCGACGGAUGCUCAGCUUGUCAGCUGGGCCAGGGGUCAGAUCAUCCCGUCCGUGUACCAUCCUGUAGGGACCACUGCCAAAAUGCCUCGUGAGUGGGGUGGUGUGCUCGAUGAGAACUUGUUGGUGUAUGGUGUCAAGAAGCUCAGGGUCAUUGAUGCUUCCAUGAUGCCUACCACUGUCGGUGCGACGACGUCCAUGACAGUGUAUGCUGUGGCCGAAAAGGCUGCCGACAUGAUCAAGGCCCAGACUCAGUAG